AUGCUCAAGGCAGCCGACCUAGUGUGUCCAGAAAAGCGACAAGCUUUUGCGAACAUCAGCUUAUCCCGAACUACGGUGACCGAGAGAGUGGAAGAACUCUCCAGCGACUUGAACAGCCAACUUAAAGAGAAGAUUAAGUCCUUCAUCGCGUUCUCCAUUGCUCUCGAUGAGCGCACUGAUGUGGCCCAGUUAGCGAUAUUUAUUCGCGGAGUGGAUGCUUCUUUAAACAUCACUGAGGAGUUUGUUUCCCUUGUGCCUAUGACAGACACUACAGCUAACGACUUGUAUGUUAGCCUUGUCGGGGCCCUUGACAAUCUGGAGGUGGACUGGAGUCGAGCUGUCAGUGUGGCUACGGACGGUGCACCUUCCAUGGUAGGUAGGAAGACCGGAGUGGUUACGAAGUUGAGAGAAAAGGUACGUGAGGCUAAUCCAGAACGGGUAUUUUGGAACUUUCACUGCAUAUUACACCAAGAGGCUUUGUGCUGCAAAAGUCUGAAAAUGGAGCCUGUUAUGAGCGUUGUUCUUGCCACUGUGAAUUUUAUCAGAGCAAGAGGACUUAACCAUCGGCAGUUUGAUGUUUUUCUUUUGGAAAAUGACAUUCAUCAGGGCCUUCCCUAUUAUACCGAUGUGCGUUGGUUGAGCAGAGGCACAGUUCUCAAACAGUUUUUCAAAUUACGCACUGAAAUAGCAGAGUUUAUGGAGGCGAAAGGGAAGCCCGUGGAGGAAUUGGAUGACCCCGACUGGACUAGAGACCUUGCCUUUUUAGUGGACAUAACGGAACACUUAAAUUUCUUGAACGUUACAAUGCAAGGUCGCAACAAACUCGUCACCGAGUAUUACGACAGUGUCCGUGCAUUUCAAAGUAAACUUUCAUUAUGGAAGACGCAGCUCUGCAAGCGCAAUGCAGCCCACUUCCCCUCUCUAAAAUCUCUGCCUCUCAAUGAUCAGAGUAUGGACAAGUAUGCAAGUUUGCUUUCAGAACUCAUGCAUGAGUUUGCCAAUCGUUUCACGGUUUUCUCUGAACUGGAAAAGGACUUUGCGCUUUUUCGCUCUCCAUUCACGGCAGACGCUUCUGAGGUCCCAGAGGCGAUGCAAAUAGAACUCAUAGACCUGCAGUACCGGUGCAAAGUAAUCGAGGUGCCCAAACUGGAAGCGGAACAGAAGCGAAUCCAGGAUAGAGUGAAGCACCAGAAGUGUUGGGCGUGUUCAGGUAAAAACGACAGUUUAAAAAUGCUAGCACCGUCUAAAACUGUUGUCCAGCAUGGCCGGAGAAAAGGGGCAAAUAGGAAUGUUAUCCCAGCAGAGGUGAACAUUAAACUGGAUCCACCUGCAGACCAUUGCACAGUGACUGUGUUGCCCACAUCGGAACAGAAACAAAUCCUGGAUAGCGCGAAUCACCAGAUGUUUUCAACACAUUCAGGUAAAAAUGACAGCUUAAAAGUAUCAGUGCCAACUGAGCCAGUUGUGCAGCACGGCCAGAGAAAAGGGACAAGUCAGAAUGUUACCCCCUCAGCAGAGCUGCACAUUAAACCGGAUCCACCUGUAGACCUGCAGGAAGUGCUCAUGUUGUCCGACUUGGAAUGGAGGCGAAUCCUGGAUAAUGUGAAUCGUGUGAAUAAAGCGCAAGAGCAUCUCAUUGCAUCUGCGAGAGAGCGCGAGGACCUGUACCACCGUUCCAAAGAAGCUGUUAAAACCUGGACAAACACCAUUGUUGCACAACACAAAAAGAAGCUGGAGGAGAAGAAAAUUAGAAAGGAAGUUGAAGAGGAGAAGAAGAAGCAGAUUGACAUAGAGGAAGCAAAGUUUCAAGAGCAAAAAAGAAAGGAAGCAAUCGAGCAGGCAAAAAAUGCGCACUUCUGCGAGAUGGACAGAGUGAGAAAAUUUCAUAGUGCUGUGCUCAUGACUGAGGUCCUGAAGGAGAGGGAGGCCCAGAUUGAGAUGAAGAAAAGAAUAGAAAAUGCCAUGAAAGAUAUUGAUAACCAGAUCCUGGACAUAAUCAGACACAAUGAGGUACAGGCUUUACAGCAGGAGAUGUUGAAAGGUUUGGAGAAGAAGCAACUGUGUCUGGAGAAUUCUGAGAGUUUGAAACAACAGAUGAAGGAGUACCAGGAGGCAACAGAAAAGGAUAGAAUAGAACAGAAGGAAAUAGAGGUAAAGGAACUUGAGCAAAUACAAAAGCUCUGUAUUGAGCAAGAAAUCACACGCAAGCAGAAGAAGCAAGAGGAGGAGAGAAACAUAAUGAAGACUCAUCAAGAACACCUUACUAUGAAGAAAAUCAUCAAAGCGGGUGAAGUUGAGAAAGAGAACUACGAAGAAGAGAGACGAAAGCGUUUUGUGAAAGAUAAAGACAAAAGGGUGAAGCUCUGGAAAGAAAAACAGGUGGAGAAUUUCAGAAGGGUUCAGAGUUACAAGGACGCCCUUGGUGAGAAACUGGCAGCAUAUUACCACGAGCACACCAUCACCGAAGAUAAACUGAUCGCCAAGGCAGCUUCAGAAGCUGCAGAAUUUCAGGCCAAGCAGGAUAAACAACAGCAUGAAAAGGAUGAGAAGAAGGCAGCCAUGUUGAAGAGUAUUGCUGAUCACAGAAUAGUGGUGCAAAAUGAGCUGGAGGACAAGAAGCAAAAGGAGAAACAGAACGCUAUGGAGAUGUUAAAUGAAAAGAAAGCAGCAGAUAUCAGUUUUCAUCAAGAGCAGCUAGUCAAGGCCCAGAAAAGGAAAGAGGCAGCCAAAAUGCUACUAGACACCCAUGUCCAUCAGAUGGCUGAGAAACAUGCACAGGAGCAGCGCAUUGAAAACGAAAAGCAGGAAUUUGCUGCAAGGAAUGCAGAAGCCAUCUUGGAGGAUGAGAAUAAAUUUCAGAAUUAUGCCAAGCAUGUGAUUCAGGCAGCCAAAGAGGCUCAGAGAAAGACCUUCCUUCUGCGCAAGGUCGCAAAAGAGGGCGUUGGUGGAGGACAUGGUCCUGCGCAUGGAGGCAUUAAACCAAGUUAUCAAGCUCAGGAUGAAGCAGGGACUGAGCUGCUCAGUUAUGUGUGCAGUAGAACUACAGGCAUAAAGGAACUGAAUGAAUAUAUUGACAUUAAAGAUUCUAAAAAUCGGCUGGGACUUAUUUGGUAA